AUGAGGAUUUUUAAUGUCUUGACAUUCCUGACCUACUCUCAUUUACUAAAUGCAUUUACUGUCAGUGUGUCCAAGAGCCUACAUGUGGUAGAGUAUGGCAGCAAUGUGACGAUGGAAUGCACAUUCCCAGUAGAAAAGGAAUUGAACCUGGCUGUGCUCAUUGUCUACUGGGAGAUGGGGGAUAAGAAAAUUAUUCAACUGGUGGGUGGGGAGGAAGACCUGAAGGUUCAACACAGCAGCUACAACCAGAGGGCCCAGCUGCUGAAGGACCAGCUCUCUCUGGGCAAGGCCGCGCUCCAGAUCACAGACGUGAAAUUGCGGGACGAGGGAGUGUACUGCUGUCUGAUCAGCUAUGGCGGUGCCGACUACAAGCGGAUCACCUUGAAAGUUGAUGCACCAUACCGCAAAAUCAACCAAAGAAUUUCUGUGGAUCCAGUCACCUGGGAACAUGAGCUGACAUGUCAGGCUGAGGGUUACCCUGAGGCUGAGGUCAUCUGGACCAGCAGUGACCACCAAGUCCUGAGAGGCCAGACCACCAUCACCAAGAGGGAGGAGGAGCUUUUCAAUGUGACCAGCACGCUAAGAAUCAACACGACAGCCAAUGAGGUCUUUCGCUGCACUUUUCAGAGGCCAGGUCCUGGGGAGAACAGUACAGCUGAAUUGGUCAUCCCAGAACACCAGAGCAUGCCUCCACCAAAUAAGAGGACUCACCUGAUGGUUCUGGGAGCCCUCCUGGUUUCCUUCAUUGUUGUACUGAUGCUCACCUUCCAUCUAAGAAGAAGAAACGCGUCACCUGCACGGGACGGUGGGCAGUGA